AUGGGCUUAGAGAACCCAGUAAAUAUUGGUGAUGAUAGUGGGAUGGACACUGCGUACCUAGUAAAUAUGGGUGAUUGUAGUGGGGUGGACACUGGGUACCUAGUAAAUAUGGGUGAUGGUAGUGGGAUGGACACUGGGUACCUAGUAAAUAUGGGUGAUGGUAGUGGGAUGGACACAGGGUACCUAGUAAAUAUGGGUGAUGGUAGUGGGAUGGACACAGGGUACCUAGUAAAUAUGGGUGAUGGUAGUGGGAUGGACACUGGGUACCUAGUAAAUAUGGGUGAUUGUAGUGGGGUGGACACUGGGUACCUAGUAAAUAUGGGUGAUGGUAGUGGGAUGGACACUGGGUACCUAGUAAAUAUGGGUGAUGUUAGUGGGAUGGACACAGGGUACCUAGUAAAUAUGGGUGAUGGUAGUGGGAUGGACACAGGGUACCUAGUAAAUAUGGGUGAUGUUAGUGGGAUGGACACAGGGUACCUAGUAAAUAUGGGUGAUGGUAGUGGGAUGGAAACUGGGUUAAUUGUGCUGUCUGUAGUGCUAGGUGUUGUAGAGUUUGACAUGUCAGUAUCCUGUAUACGCAAUCUACAUGACCAUGUCUUAGGAUAUAUAGUUAUUCUGUGUGUGUGUAUAACAUUAGAAGCUCUCAUAUCAUGGUUGAGUCUACGCGGUACUAUCAUGUAUACCAGACCAAGAGACAAGAUAGCUUAUAUUUUAUAUGUCAGAUUAGCUGUGUUAGUUGUUGAACUUGUUUGGUUAAUUUUUGGUUUAGUAUGGGUAGCAGAUCAUUAUAAUGUAUGUCCAGCUGGUAUGGCCAAACGAACAGUCUUAGGUAUAGUGGUGUGUAAUUGGGUUGUCAUGUUUACAUUGUUUUGGAUUCUCUGGUGUACGUUUGAUAGAGCAGGAAGAAGUUGGGUCAAAUUAAAACGUGACAAAAAGCAAGAAGCAAUCAAACGAUCAAUGAGUCGAGUGGAAAGAAGAAUGAGCCGAGCCAAGAAUAUCAUGCUGUUAGCCAAUACUUCCCCUUUAAAUGUUGCAUUGAGUUUAGCGAAUGCAUUCGGAGAUGUUGCCAGACUAUUUUCUGAGUUUUUCCAUGAAUUAGAUGUGGUACCAUCCGAUAUCAUAGCAGGUCUAUUGCUUCUUAGAGAAGAACAGAAAAGGCGACGUAGAGUCAUUGUAGAAAGUCAAUCAAACAACGUCUUUCAAUUUUUAUCCGGUGUUCCUAUAGCACCAAGCACAAAUUUUUUAAAUCUUCAGGACCCUAUGGUAGGUGCUCGUCUUUCACGCAACUCGCGAGAUCUUGCAGUUGAACGGAAAAUCACCUAUUCCAGAAUAUCUUGA